AUGGCGGUGCUGGGGGCACCGCGGGGCCUGGCGGCCGCAGCCUCCCGCAAGCGGCGGCUGCUGCUCGCCCUGAUUCCACCAAUCUGCAGGCAAAGAUUAUGGCACAGUCUGGGAGGGAAUUAUUCAAGGCCAUUAUUGGAGCAUUCAGAGAUCCUGCCCAGAUGGCAACUGGUAGAGAAGAGGAUGUGUUGGCAUGGCCAUGCUGGUGGAGGGCUUCACACAGAUCCAAAGGAUGGGCUGAAGGAGAUCGAUGCCAAGAAGAUCAUCCAGGCCAUGCUGUCCUACGUGUGGCCCAAGGACAGGCCAGACCUGCGUGCCAGGGUCGCCAUUUCCCUGGGCUUCCUGGCCAGUGCCAAGGCCAUGAAUAUUUUGGUUCCCUUCAUGUUUAAAUAUGCAGUGGACAACCUCAACCAGGUGUCUGGGAACGUGCUGAACCUGAGCGAUGCCCCAAGCACCGCGGCCACGCUGGCCACCGCCGUCCUCGUGGGCUAUGGUAUCUCAAGAGCUGGGGCAGCAUUAUUUAAUGAAGCAAGAAAUGCAGUAUUUGGGAAAGUAGCUCAAAAUUCAAUCAGGAGGAUUGCCAGGAAUGUUUUUCUGCACCUUCACAACCUGGACCUGGCCUUCCAUCUAAGCAGGCAAACAGGAGCACUGUCAAAAACCAUCGACAGAGGCACCAGGGGCAUCAGCUUUGUUCUCAGUGCUUUAGUGUUUAACCUGGGACCCACCAUGUUUGAAGUGGCUCUGGUCAGUGGAAUUCUGUAUUACAAAUGUGGUGCUGAGUUUGCUUUGGUCACUCUGGGGACACUGGGAGCCUACGCAGCGUUCACGAUAGGAAUCACUCAGUGGAGGACUAAGUUUCGGAUAGAAAUGAACAAAGCUGACAACGAUGCUGGUAACGCUGCCAUUGACUCGCUCCUGAAUUAUGAGACUGUGAAGUAUUUCAAUAAUGAAAAAUACGAAGCCCAGCGGUAUGAUGAGUUCCUGAAGACCUAUGAAAAUGCCUCCCUGAAGACUACCUCUACUUUAGCUCUCCUCAACUUUGGCCAGAGUGCUAUAUUUAGUGUGGGUUUAACAACCAUCAUGGUGCUUGCCAGCCAGGGCAUUAUUGCAGGCAGCCUUUCUGUUGGAGAUCUGGUAAUGGUGAAUGGAUUGCUGUUCCAGCUUUCUCUGCCCCUGAACUUCCUGGGAACAGUGUACAGAGAGACAAGACAAGCACUGAUAGAUAUGAAUACCUUGUUUACACUUCUCAGUGUAGAUACCAAAAUUAAAGACAAAGAGAUGGCUCCAGCCCUGCAGAUCACCCCCCAGACUGCUUCCAUCGCCUUUGACAAUGUGCAUUUUGAAUACCUGGAGGGGCACAAAGUCCUUGAUGGCCUGUCCUUUGAAGUCCCUGCAGGAAAGAAAGUGGCCAUUGUAGGAGGUAGUGGGUCAGGGAAAAGCACCAUUGUGAGGUUAUUAUUUCGUUUCUAUGAACCUCAGAAAGGAAAUAUUUAUGUUGCUGGCCAGAACAUCCAAGAUGUCAGUUUGGAAAGUCUGAGAAAGGCAAUAGGAGUUGUGCCUCAGGAUGCUGUUCUCUUCCAUAACACCAUCUAUUACAACUUGCUCUAUGGCAACACGGAGGCCACAGCAGAGGAUGUGUAUGCAGUGGCCAAGCUGGCAGGGAUCCACGAUGCCAUCCUCAGGAUGCCCAAUGGCUACAACACCCAGGUUGGGGAGCGAGGACUCAAGCUCUCAGGAGGAGAAAAGCAAAGAGUUGCAAUUGCAAGAGCAAUGUUAAAGGAGCCAUUUAUUUUUCUCUAUGAUGAAGCCACAUCAUCUUUAGAUUCAAUUACAGAAGAGAACAUUCUCAAAGCCAUGAGGGCCAUGGUGAAGCACAGGACGUCGAUUUUCAUUGCCCACAGGUUGUCCACAGUGGUGGAUGCAGAUGAGAUCAUCGUGCUGAAUCAGGGUAGAGUUGCAGAACGUGGCAAGCACGCAGAGCUCCUGGCAAACCCCAGCAAUCUCUACUAUGAGAUGUGGCACACACAGAGCAGCAAAGUGCUCCACAGUCACAACCACCCAAACUGGGAGGAGAGAAACCACCAGACAUCCAAAGAGGAGGAAAGGAAGAAGCUGGAAGAAGAAAUUAUCAACAGUGUAAAAGGCUGUGGGAACUGUUCAUGCUGAAUAGGAUCCUGGAUCUUGUAUAGCAGGUUAAAAUUGCACAAGAAUACAGUGAAAUACAGCUCUUGUUUUUAAGUCAGCAUUCAAAAACUUCUGGGUUUUUCAGUUUUUGGAUUUUACAGUUUCACAGAGGGACAUAAUUUCAACCAAAGGAGUUCUAUUUUUGCAUCUUUAGGAAUCUCUUAAUAUUCAUCUGCAAGAGCUGAGCUUUUUCAAAAACUUUAAACUUGCCAACCAAGGGUGUAAUUUAUGGCAAUUUUUAGGCUUUGGUAAAUUCUCCUGGUAGUCGUCUGAUGUGGAUUAUUAAAUUGUAAACAGACUUGUCCUUGAUUUACAUUAUUUCUCAUCAUUGAUGGCUGAUAAAUGCGUCAUGUUUUAAUUGUAAUUGAGCCAAUUUGAACUCAUUUGCUAGUGAGGAAGAUGCCUUUUAAAUUCUUCAGUGGUGUUCUGGUUUAAAAUCUUCCUUGUAAAGAAUAAGAAUAGACUCAACAAAAUAUUAGACUUCUAGUAGCAAACUAAAUAUUGGAAUUACCUCUCUCACCUUUCAGAAGCACCUUUCAUACUGCACUAUCAGGAAAUGGAUUGGUAUUAUUCUAAAGGAAAACUAACAGUAUUUUUAAGUGAAAAAUAAAUCUGGGUUCAGGAUGCUGCAUCCUCAGCAUCUGCUAUAAUACUCAAAGCAGAAUGCAGUCACACUUUCUAGUUCAGUCAUGGUCUUAGGGAGCAAUUAAGAUUCAAUAAAGCCUUCCAUAAAUUUCUAUUAUCUCAUUAAUGUAUGAGAAAAUGACCUGGAUAAUGCUGAAAGCAUUGCUACAAUAAUCUCCUCAUUUCAACAGCCAAAACUUCUCCAGUGGGAGGAAACCUCAGUCUAGUUUGGGUGGGGGCUGCAGGGGUCACAUCUGGGAGAAGGUGCCAACAGAGCCAAGGCUGAGCACCUCAGCAACAGGGCAGUGAACUGCUGGGAUCACAGAUUUGGGAAGGGAGGAAAAGCCUUGUAAGAGAAACUGCAGCCAGAGAGAGGAGUGGGACAUGGGAGAGCAACAGCCCUGCAGACAUGAGGGCAGGGAAGAAGGAGGGGCAGGAGGAACUCCAGGUACUGGAGCUGAGAUUCCUGCAGCCAUGGGGGUCCAUGAUGGAGCAGGGAUCCUCCUAUAGCCUGGGAAGGAGCUGGAUGGAGCAGGGAUCCUCCUAUAGCCUGGGAAGGAGCUGGAUGGAGCAGGGAUCCUCCUGCAGCCUGGGAAGGAGCUGGAUGGAGCAGGGAUCCUCCUGCAGCCUGGGAAGGAGCCGGAUGGAGCCAGGGGGAUAUUCCAGAGGAGGCUCUGACCCUGGGGAAGCCCCACUCAAUCAGGCUCCUGGCAGGACCCGUGGAGAGAAGAGCCUGUGGUGGAGCAGGUUUGCUGUGACCCCUUGCUGUGACCCAUACUGGAGCAGCCUUUUCCUGAAGGACUGCACCCUGUGGUGAGAGGACACCUGGAAAAUACACUGGGGCAGAGAAUGAGGAGGAAGGAGCAGCAGGGACAAUGUGAUGAAGUGACCACAGCCCUCCUGCACUGCUUGGAAGGAGAGGGGGAAUUCUGAAGUGAAGUCGAGCCUGUGAAGGUGUUUUAAGAUUUUAUUUUCUCAUUACCCAGCUCACACUUCUAAUUCACAGUAAAUGAAGUUAAUUUCCCCACGUGGAGUCUGUUUUGCCCAUGACAGUAAUUGCUGACUGGUCCCUCCCUGUCCCUCACCCCGUGAGCCUUUUGCUGUGUUCUCUCUGGGAGGGCAGCCAGCAUCCAGCCAGGGUCAUCCCACCACAACAGGGUUGUGUUUCUAAGCCUUGUCUCUCCAGGGGAAUUCACCAUCUCUUAGGCAUGAGCUAUCCUGGUGUAAUUCUUCAUGUUGAAUUUAAGAAUUAAAAUCUUUCUCUUGGAUGCUGAAAAAUAACUUUGUUAUUUCUGGGGAAUUACACCGGUAUAAUUACACUGAUGUAAUUAUGUUUGUUAAUCAGAUGCAAGAUUUCUCAGUGUGGGCACUAGGGAAGAGCUGAAUUUGGUGCUUCUGGAAAUUUAAUUGCAAAUAGCGUUUAUUUUUUUGUAUAUACCCUCCCCUACAACCAAAAAUAGGAAUGUAACUUAAAAGGAGUGAAACCUUUGCUAGUUACUUGUUUUCUCUCUCUCAAAAUGAUGGGUGAAAAACCAACCUGGCUUCAAUCUCCAGUUAAAAAUGAUUCUAAAAGCACUUUAAUUUUCAUCCUUGGAGUGCAGAAGCAAAGUGAAGUCCAGUUAAUGCAGUGGCAGUGCAGAAUUCCAGCUUACACCCUUCCCUUUGUUUUUCCUCGUGUCCUGGUUGAGCUGCUGACAGCAGUGAGGGGACUGUGAUGGUGCAGUUACCUCCCAGCUGCCAGAAACAGCAAAGGUUCAUUGAAAAUCUUAUUUAUGAGGAAUCUCCCUUUCCUGCAUCGUGACAAACCCCAAACUAUGGCUCUUCCCCUGCUCUGCAAGAGCUGAUUUUUGGAAUUAAUCUGCUGUUCAUGCAGCAGGUAACUGGCAAAGGCUGUAAAUAGUAAUAUUUCAAUCCUAAGAUUGUUUUCCUUUUGGCACAAAGAUGAGAAAUUACUCUGGGGGUUUUCUCAGUGGAAAGUUUCCCAUGUUCCAGAGCUUGGACAUCCCAGAAGGUCCUACCAGGGUGCACAGAAUCAGAAAUUGUCUGCAAAAUGUCUGGAAUCAAAAACCACUUUAAUGCCAAGUUUGAUUGUGUUUGUGAGGCACAAUUUCAGAUGAAAGCUGAUGGAUUUUAUCACUGGGGAUGGACUUUGUAAGGACUGAGAGUCUUGGGCAUUCCAGGUUUGGAAUGAGGACAGUUUUCAGGUGGUGAAUGCCAGGAAUGAUCAAUACCUGUUUAAAUCUGUAGGGUUUGAUGCAGUAGAAUGUGUGUUCUAAAGAACUGCAGCAAGUUUCUGGAGAUGACUGAAAACUUGCCCAGGUCAUGGAGCUGCUGGAUAAACAUUCCUGGCUUGGUGGUGGCUGUAUUGGGAGAAUUGCUGUGGAGAAGCAGCAGCAAUACUGGGUGAGUCUCCUGUCUGCUGCAAAGUCAAACUUGUGCUCUUUUUAUUUUAUUUUUCAUUUAAAUUUUGAGUUUUUAUUCAUGUACUGUGACUCCAAAGUGUCACCACUGAAGCAGAUGCUUAAAGCACUGAAUGGGAAAGUUGUGGUUUUGGAGAGACUCACUGAGCAUUAGGACAGUCUGCCUGGCACCUCUCAGAAAACUCUUAAAAUUCUCACAGAAACACCUUGAUUUGGGGCUCUCUCCCAGCCUUAGUGGAUCUUGGUAAUUCUGCUCUGCUGCAAACUGAAACACCCCUUUUCUAAACAGCAGCUUUUCAUAUUCUGGACUCAUAGCUGGUUGUUUUUCAAAAUUCAAGUUACCUACUUCCAUUAUAAAAUCUUUGCCUUCUAUUUUAGAGUAGAAAAAGACAUUUAAUUUUUUUCCUUCACUUUCUGUUUUUAGAGGAAAUGUGUCUGUAGAAAAUGGAUGUUAAAAAAGGGCUGCUGCUUGCAGUGUGUAGUGAUCUGUUAACUGUGAACUUACAGAAAUCAAUCCUAAUUCCCAUGGAAAAACUUUUUAGGCUCAGGAUAUCAAGUCACAACACACAAAAUUUGGGUUAUUUUAACCUCCAAGUUAGGAAAUUUAAUAAGUUACUGGCAGGGAGGUUGUGCUUUUUCUAAGUGGAUGUUCAAAGCUUACUCCUUGCAGAUGAUCCCUCAGGUUAUCUCAGCUCUUCUGUUCCAUGGAGUUACAGUUGCCUACGUCUCUCAACACUGAGAUUUUGUUCAAGUUUCUUUUCAGAAUGGAAAUGUAAAACUUACAUUGUGCAGGAAGGUGAUGUGUUCCAGAACACAGAAAGCUUGGCUGAGAUGAGAUUGUGUAACCCUUCCUCUGGAAGACUCCUUACCCUGACUCCUGUGCUUCAUCUGU